AUGUCCGACCAGGAGAUUGAGGACUUUGAAGUGGACAAUUUGUCUGACACGUCCCGGAUGAUCCCCGGCCUCCCUCCUUACGACAUGGACGACCAGCUUCUUCCCCUGGAGCCCCGGAGCACCUGCUGCUGCUGGGUUUGGACCCUGCUGAUCGUCGCCACGAACUCUCUGGUCUUCCUCGUGAACUUGCUCCUGGUGGUCACCAUCUUUGCCGUCGUGCUGCUGCCGACGAUCGUGGUGGUGUACUUCGGCUUCCAGUGCCACUCCCGGGUGCUGCACUCCUCUGCCUACUACUGCAAAACCAUCCUGGACGACAACAGCUCCUCUGCCCUCAUCAUCCUCGGCUUCGUCAUCAUGUCCCCGCUCAUCGUGGUGGCCAUGGCCGUCUACUGCAGCCUGGCGCGGCGCCUCCGCCUCUUCCUAUGCUUCCAGCCCUACGCUCGGGCCGUCUACAAAGGGGUGAAGUGGCGCUGGUAUGAGGAAGGAGGGCUGUGCAGCUGUGCCAAGGAGUGGAGCACUCAAGUCAAGGCCUGGGUAUGA